GCUGCUACCUGCGUUCCCCAGCCCUCUGGUAUCUCCUACAAUUCUGUUCCCGACACUGCAGCUGGAUUCGUUGCCGAUACGUACUACUCGGCUCAAGCUGGUCUAGCAGGCAUCCCCUCUGGCUGGGUCCAAUCAUUCGCAGGUCUGAAUGCCUCCAACUCUGCUGAUCAGUACCUUGGCUUCACUCUUUUGUCGUCAUUCGAUGUGCAGGGUUGCACAAGCAAGUGUUCGGCCAUCAAGGGCUGCAACUCCGUCAACAUCUACUACGAGAGAGACCCUAGUUCUUCCACCGACGGACCUUCCUGCCUUGAUCCCCCUAGCACAAUCAACGUAAAAUGCGUUUUCUGGGGAGGUGCAGUGGUGGCUGCGAAUGCCAAUAACUUUGGUCAGAUGCGAGGAAACUUCCAGGUACUCAUCUCUGGAAGCAGUGGUUACAUGACCACUUCCUUU